AUCUAAGCCUCAUCUUACUCGAUCGGUCGACUGAAACACCUCGACUUCAAGAUGGAGAGCAAUAACGAAAGCAGCGAGACUUGGGAAGUUCCCAUCAUGCUCAGCCCGGAGUAAGAUAACCUUCUGUUGCUCCCAUUCUACGAUGCUGACUGCAAUGGAGGAACCUCAGCUACGAGGAAAUUGCUAGGAUCAAUCCCUUCUACGACAAGAUCAUGGAUAUGUGGAACAAAUCCGCUCAGGCCGCAACUGAAAUGAUCCUCUCCUCGGAAGGCUCCCCAAGUCUCUCCUCUCCGUCGUCACAGUCGACACAUUCCGGAAACGAAAAGUCUUGUGUUCAUCGAGAAGCAUCUGCAUCUUUGCUAAGAGAAUGCCAGUGCUAUGCCGACCAUCAUGUCCCUAAGCAGCCAUGCACCUUGCUCCAGAACGGAAGAGAGCAUAAGCCUUUGUAUCAGACCCAAGACGGGCUUCGGACUGGACAAACUGCUCUUAUCGAGAAUGGUGAUGGUUUCAGAAACGUGGUCCCCCGUUCUGUCCACCCUGUUGAGCACUAUCCGCAUGAUCAGGUAGAUGCGUCCUGUGUGGAGCCCGCCCUUAUGCCAACAAAGACCACACACAAGAAGCUCUUCGGUGAGAACGGCUGGCUUGGAUGCACUGCCGACAUGAAGGAUUUGUCCAGGGACAGUCAUAAGUUCAGAGGCUUGAGAGGUCUGGGCAGGAAGGUUAUCAAGCAAGUGGAAGAACUCGCCGAGGAUGUGGCCAGGGCUCACCCAAACCCAAUUAUCCAUGCCACACUUCGCCCUAGACUUGUCCCCGAAUCGACCAUCCCCAUCUCGCUAGAUCCUCCGACACAGGCCAAGCUGUAUUCGGAAAUGGAGGUCAUGCUCUGCGUCAGCGCCAAUAAGUUCCUUCUCGGACAAUACAAUGAGGGUCGUCUGUCUGAAGGGUCGAUUCGCAAGGUCACCAACUAUUGGGGAUCGAAAAACCGGCCUCAGGUCAUUGAGUUUCAGUUCGACCAGGCCACCCAGCGCCGGCUAAUUCUGGCAAACAUCCGGACUCUGCGUUUCAGCGGCGAAUGCUCAUCUAACCUAGUUCUCCUCAAGUCGAACCUGAAUAAUUGGAAGGCACUCAGUAAGGAGAUGGGCGUUCGCACGUUCUGUUUUCCCGAUAGCGCUGUUCGCAAGCACAUGCAUGACAUCCAUAAACUGCUGGAUAUGCUGGACGCGCCCCUUACUACCUAUCUCACGUUCGAAGAGCUCCAGAUGAGCAUACUUUCCUUGAUGAAAUCCCAUCUCGAAAAGCUUUGCCAGGUCGAUGGUAGCCAUGAGAAGUCGCAUCUCCCCAGUCGAAAGUAUGAUGGACAUCAUUUUUGAGGCGCAUUGAGCGACUUGGUGUCUCUCAUUCUCUUCUUCGUUCUAUCUCGGUUUUCUUCUAUUCCCGUUGUCUGUCUCACCUUCCAGCUCAGCACAUCAAGCAAUGGUACAUGCUAGAAGCGGUGACGAGUAAUUAGUGUCUUAGCACGGCUUUAUUAAGCCUUGUAUCCAUGAUCUAGAUAAAAAUACAAUCCAGGCCAUGACACAUUGAACAACUCUCAUCUAAGACUCUCGUAGACGGUUAAUGAGCGUAUUGAGAUACUCAACUCCACAUCUGAGAGUCUGACAGCUUGGCUUGGCGGGCGCUUUCCUGCAGACACAACUCACCGUGCAGCCA